CCCAAGGAUUUACCAACAUGGCUUACGUUAUUAAUUGGACAGCCACCUAUCGGCACGACUCAGACAUCGUUGCACCCUAUGAAAAGUUCAUUCUUUAUGAUAAAAAGGUUCAGGCUCUAAAACAAAAACAAGAUUAUACAGCAAAGAAGACAAAAAAAGUAGCUUGGUUUGUAUCCAAUUGUGCUGCUCGAAAUGGCCGACUCCAGUAUGCUCGGGAGCUUGCAAAGUAUAUCGAACUGGAUAUCUAUGGUACUUGUGGUGCCAAGAGGUGUCCACGCACUAGUGCUAAAAAGUGCUUUGACAUGCUUGAUAAAGAAUAUAAAUUUUAUUUGGCAUUCGAAAAUUCCAACUGUAAGGAUUAUAUUACAGAAAAAUUCUUUGUCAAUGGAUUAAGACUCCUUAUCCCAUCUGCUGGGAGUCUUGCAGAAUUCAUCCACGAGUAACAAGUCUGGCUUCUGUAAAUUAGAAGAACACGAUAGCAAGUCCAAGAAGACCGACCAAGAACGAAUCUGUAGAAAAUUAAAAGAACAUUAAUUAGUAACUUAGAAGCAGCAAAUUUAAGAUAAUAGUUAAUAGAAAAUGACAUACUAUUUAAAGAAGAACUGAGACAAAGAUAUAGCAUCUACUUUUUUACAUUACAGUGAUAAUGAUUGUUAAUAAGAAAAGGACAAGAUAGAGUCAAUUUUGGAAGUUGAUUAACCCUGGGUCAUCGAAACGAUUACAGAUUAUAAUAAGGAAUUUUCAAAAGACUUCUCAAUAUCACAGCUGUUGCUCUCCCCUCUUUAUAAAGGGUGGUAAAGUUCUCUUUGAACAGUCUAGCCACACUCCACAGUUAGGGAUAGUCAAUGUUUUCAGUUUUCCAUGGGAUGUGAUAAAUGUACUGUGUCACCCAUUAGCACUGACGUCGAUCUAUAUCUGAAAUAUAUUCAGUCAAAACAGUUGUUUAAAUGAAAACACACCUAUAUAUGCAAAGAUGUUUGAAUUCUAGUUCUUUAAUUAUAUAGGGAAUGUCUUUCAGAUAAAAUCCUUCUAUUCUAUAACGACCACAGUGAUGAUAAUAAAUGUGUACAUAUUCAGUAAAAGUUUUAAAUACCUUUGGUAUACACACUAUAACUAUAUUUUCAGGAAACAGACCUGUCCUAAGAUGUAUUUUGGUUUAAUAUUUGUGGUUUCAAAUCAAUGAGUAAGUAACCAAACCAUUGUUGUGUUGCAUCUUGAUAAGCUUUCUCAAAAUACGUGACACAUGUUGGAAACAUUUGUCUUACUAAAACAUUCAACUGAGAGGUGUCUCUGAUAUUCUUGAACAAUAUAAUGUAUUGAGAAUUUAAAAUAAUAUUACGCACUUCUUUUCUCUGAUUAAGUAGAUUCUGUACAAUAUAAAUUCAAAUGGCGACUUCUGCAUGUAAUAAGUUCAGAUACUCGUUUAUUUUCUCUACUUUCACUCCUAUGAUCAUCAAUGGUGAAAAUAUUUGGUUUAUCAGGCUGUGCAUAAUCAUAAAAAGUUUCAGGCAAUCCUUUGACGAAUUGAAUGUUAAGAAUAUUUUGCAUUAAUUCAGUAUACAGAGGUUGAAAUUCACUACAAAACCACAUGGUAUUUUCAGGAUUAGGAUAACAUCACGAUGAUGAGUUAAAACUUGUUUACAAACUCUGAUUUACCACUUCCUGUCGCACCUGACAUUAAACAUGUAAAAGGGUGUUGUAAAUGGUUAACCAUCUCGAACUCUAAUGAGAUAUAUAUAUGAAACAGGACUAAACUUACCUAGAUCUGAAAAUCAUAUUCCAUUGCACUUGGAACCCUACCUCAAGACCCUGCACAUGCCCUCUUUUCAGUCCAGGAGUUAUUUCCAUUAGAUGAAAGAAACCAAUGUCCAUACAGUAGAUAUACAUAUAAACAGAAUAAUAAUUCUUCUUUUCUUUCUUGUUAUAAAUGGUCUCAGUCUUCUACAUAUCUUCUAAGGAUUUCUCACUCUUAUAGGAUGCUGAAAAGGAUUGAAUAUAUCUGUUAUUUUACUCUUCAUUGAUGAGAAAUUUAAUUUCUCACUUUUAAUGAAAUUGAUGAAUAAACCCUCUAAUUUUACAACAAGGCUUUACUGUUGCCACAUAAGUAUCCAUAGUUCUAUAGACCAUUACUGACCCACAAUGUGAUAUAAUUAGCAUCGUCCUUGUCUGUAAGUUUCCCAAGAUAGUCCCCUAGAAGUGGAUCUUUAGAUCUA